CAGGUGCCACGUUCCUGAUCAGAGAUGUCCACCCUCCGCCUGCAAGUUGACCGAAUACGUUCACUGCUCUUCGACAAAAGAUACUUUUGGAUUCUUGCCGCCCUCGUUGUCGCAUCAGAUGCCUUUCUUACCGGUUUCAUCGUUCGCUUUGUUCCCUAUACAGAGAUUGAUUGGGAAACAUACAUGAUACAAGUUGAGACGUAUAUGAAGGGACAACGCGAUUAUUCCCAAAUCUCUGGCCCCACAGGACCUCUUGUCUAUCCAGCUGGACACGUUUAUAUUCACCAGUUUCUCCAUUCCAUCAGCGACUCUGGAAAGAACAUCAAGCUAGUUCAGUACAUCUACUCAGGCCUAUACCUGCUUUCCCUUGUGCUGUCAUGCGCCAUCUACAGGCAGGCGGGGGCGUCAAAUUGGGUAGUUCUCCUGCUGCCUCUGAGCAAACGCCUCCAUUCUAUCUACGUGCUGCGUCUGUUCAAUGACUGCUGGUCGGUCGUAGCCAUGCAAGCAGCGGUACUGGCAUUUCAGUUGGGCAAUGAUUAUAUGGGAACCCUGUUCUUCAGUGCUGCACUCUCCGUCAAGAUGUCGAUAAUACUCUAUCUUCCGGGACUUCUUGUCAUAUUGUUCAAGAAAAGAGGAUUUCUCUACACCAUGCGAAGGCUUUCCUUCAUUUUCGGCACCCAGUUCCUCGUUGCAUUUCCUUUCAGAGCCAACUUGAGAGAGUAUGCUCAAGGGGCGUUUGAUCUGUCACGCGUGUUUCUCUACAAGUGGACGGUAAACUGGCGAAUGGUCUCUGAAGAAAUAUUUUUGAGCCCUCAGUGGAGAAGAGCACUGCUAUUAGGACACGUUUGUACGCUCAUUGCCUUUGGAUGGAACCGGUGGUGUAAACAGGACGGUGGAGUGCCUAAAGUCCUUUUACGAGGUUUUCGACGUCCUACGCUUCCGGCAAGUCUGAUCCCAGUGACAGCAGAAUCUAUCGCUGUUAUCCUGUUCACCUCCAAUCUCAUUGGUAUCCUUUUCGCAAGAUCCCUUCACUACCAGUUCUAUUGUUGGUAUGCGCAACAGCUCCCAUUUUUAGCUUGGAAGACACGGUAUCCUCUGGUGGUCAAGAUUGCCCUUCUAGUAGGCGUAGAGUAUGCAUGGAAUGUUUUCCCUUCAACUAACACAUCGUCUACCAUCUUACUUAUAUCCAACGCUCUCCUUCUUAUCGGCCUAUAUGUAUCUGAGUAAUGCUUAGAAUUUUCAGAAAAGAUGUCCGUGAACAAAAACAGUAUGAUGACAUCACCAUCGUUC